AUGGGCAAACAACCGUCCAGGAAGACUAAGACAGCAUGGAGGAAGAAUGUCGACCUCUCAAAGAUCGAAACUUCUUUGGCGGAAAUCGAAGUCGAAAGGCGUCAACAUGGAAAACCAUUACAUCAACAGCCUGAUGAGUCUCUGUUCGUCAUUGACAAGAAACCAGAUCCGAAAUACAAGAUAGCCGAUCGUCGUGGUGUUCUACGCCUGGAUCAAAUACUGGCUCAACGUAGCAAGAUCCCAAGUUUCAGCACUCGACCAAAACAAGAAAAGUCUGCAUUCCGAGUAAAAGUCAAUAGAAACUUGAAGGGAGAGGCUGCACUGAUACAGAAAUUAGUUGAAAAGGCCAAAAUCAAGUCAGAAAUCAAAAGGAAGGGCGUCAAAGCUAUUCAGACGAAAACAGCUAAUCUAAGUGCAAAGGAUGUCCAAUUGGGCAAACGGGGGAGAGAGCCAUGGGAUGAUGGUAUGGCGGAACAGCCUGAAUACGCACAUCUCAAUGAAUAUGUGAAGGCAACUCUGCCUGUUGCCGUUAAGAAACCCAAAACCGUAGCAUCUGCACCUGUAGAUCUGCCCGCAGUCGCUAUACCACCACCUGGUACAUCUUACAACCCAACAUAUGAAUCACAUCAAGAACUGCUUCAAUUAGCAGUCGACAAGGAAGAAUCCCGUCUUGCUAAAAUCGAGCAAGUGAAGAGAAAGUUGUGGUAUCCUCCUGAAUUGGAUUUAUUGGACGAUGAAACGUUUUUUGACGAUCAAGAUAAUGCAGACGAUGAAGAUGAUGAUGCUGCUCAGGAAGGUGUGAACGGCGUAGUGGCGACUGGUAUAAUCAAAAGACCAGCAACUGCAGAAUUCCGAAAGACGAGAAAACAACGGCUUGAAAUGGCUAAACGGGUCAAAGAAGAGUAUGAAUUGGAAAAGAAGAGAACGGAGAAACGGAUGAAUAAGGAGCUCAAUCGGCUAGGAGAAAUCAAGAAAACACUAGAACAGAAUAAGUCUACCGCCGAAGGCUCUGAAACACCUCAACCAGCCAUCCAACAAAAACACAAACAGAAACGACUAGGCCCUCAUAAACAAAAAGAUGAGCCAAUUGAUGUCGUACUGACUGAUGAAUUGCCAGAUACAUUACUUCAACUCAAGCCUGAAGGAAACACCUUCCAAGAUUUGUUUUUGGGAAUACAGAAACGAGAACUUGUUGAACCUCGUAAACCUGUUUCCAAGAAACGCAAGUUCAAGGUCAAGACUUACGAGUCGCAUGACUAUAAGCGAUUCGUAUAA